UUUGAGCAGUAAGGUUACAUGUUUUUUUCCCGUAACAAGCAAGUUCGAAGCUGAUGCUUGCUGUUUCAUCAUAACACUAGAAAUUCCUUGACAGUAGGUUUUAAGUCAUCGUCAUAUUUAAAACAUUAGCUAGUGAGACAUUUGGUCGCUUAUGAAAAAUGCCCAACUAUUACGAGGAUAAGGAAGAAGACGGCAGAGCAUGUUCAGGAGUAAGAGAGGACUUCAAAUCGUGUCUCCUUCAACACGAUUGCGUUUUGAAGGAGGGGAAGACGCCAAGUGAAUGUCUGAAGGAGGGCUACUGCAAAGCUUUGCAACUGUCAUUUUUUGAGUGCAAGAGGUCAAUGCUCGAUACAAGAUCACGAUUUCGAGGACGAAAAGGAUAUUGACCAAUACCAGCAGUGACCUGAAUACUGGAUUUCAGUGUAAAUAGUCGUAUGACUCUGAGUCAAGUUCAUUUUGUGCCAACUUGACAGUGAUGCUUGCAGUGUGAGAAAAACUAAUGUUUUCUUUUCUUUUCCCGGAAGUUUAUUACUGCUUUGAGAUGAGCUACAUUUUUUGAUCAGAAUGAUGUUGAGUGCAGCUCCUAGUUAAGGACAGGUCGAAAUCUAAAAGCUGAGUAAAUAUUUUCAAAAAUAUAUAAAAUUGCAAUACCAAAGUUCCUUUCAAGCCACAGAUUUCAUGUCAUCGUGUACCAGUGGGUGUGUAUAUCGAUCAGAUGUUAAUUCUCCGUUCCCCUCCAAUCAAUAUCCUUUUCACACAGCAGCGCGCAUCCUCAUUUGACGUCAGUCAAAUCGACUCGCCUAAUCCGUUUCACUCGUGGAUACGUCAUCAUGGGGACCAGUGCUACCCUUAACUUUCAUUUCAACUUGUCUUUAAAAGCACGGGUUACAACUGUGCAGCAGCAGUGCACAGCAGGACAUGAUUUGAACAGAUUUGUAUUUGCUGUAAAACGCUCCGUUUACGGAACCUACAUAAUCGGAAAGCGUUCGUGUGAUGGCCUACUUCUGUGCCUGUAGAGUUUUCAGAUAUGGAGGAUUCCACGCUGCCGCGGUGCUGCACAGGUAACGCAUUGGAUUGUUUCGAAUAUUUACCCACCGAGGCACGGGGUUUGCCUCCUGGAAUUCUAGAUAUGGAAUUACGGUCCGGAGCUAGAGACAGCACGGCCGGGGGACAUGGCUGCGAUAGCGCUUCCUCAGCUGCACACGGGAAUUGAGAACAAAUGGGGUACAAUUGGCUACCAAAUCUGGAGAAAAAUUGAGGAAAAUUGAGAAAUCAGAAACGAAUAACAAAAAAAAAGGUGAGAAGUGAGUGAAGAUUCUACAGACUGCCACAAGGGGGCAGUGACUAUAACCACCAGCAACAAGAGGUUGUUUUUAUCUCUCGGGUUUUCUUUAAUAAUGAAUACGUUGUUGUGGGGUGUGAUUAUGGCUUAAAUUCAGCUGCUUGUACAGCUGUGUUCAGCUGAGAAAAUAACUUCAGUAUGUAAUAAAGUCAUUCUUCUACUGUG